AUGUCGUGGUGUCCACGUCAUUCAUUUCGAAGGAUUCGUCCGAGAUGUUUUGUGAAGGCCGAAAAACAUGGCAAAAAUAUCCUUUCCCGUCUUCGAAGUUUGAUGAAAAGAGAACGUCUCAAGGAAGAGAAUGGCGAGUCCAACGUGGUACUCACCAUGUUUAAGAUGGUCACCAUGUUGAAACAUAGUAUUUUGUCCUGUAGAUAUGGAAACUGUUCCUUUUCUUGCACUGGAAAACAGGUCAGAAAAUUUGAAAAUCAUCUCAAGGAAUGUUGGUACAUUCCUGUGAAGUGUUCCAAUACGCAGUGUUUGUACACGUCCCAAGGCCAUUUAAUGAACGACCAUUCCACAAAAUGUCAUUUUGCCAUUGAGAAAUGUCCAAAUGUUGACUGCAUUGUCAAACGUCAACGAAGUAAAAUGUCUUCCCACGUACAAAAGUGUCCAUAUAUUAGGAUCGUUUUGUGUGCAAGCAAAAGCUCUGGGUGUAUGGCAACAACGUCAUACCGGGAUCUUAAAGCUGACAUGAAUUCAUAAAAGCAUUUGGUCGCCAUAUUAGUUUCGAUCGCUCCUCUACUGCCACUAGAGUAUAUAUACCGGUCGAGAAAGUUACGGUCGGUUGAGGCAUUCAGGUUGCAAAGUCUUCUAAAUGCAUAAACUACCCAUUGCAGUAAAAUGUUUGUAAUAAAGAAUAAAGGAAACAACAAUCAAUAAAAUACAAAAUAUAUUUAUUCUUUGAAAGAAUUUUUAAGGUACUCGUAUCCGUAUUAUUUUGCACAGAUAGUGCUGCCUUACUUCACAUGCACAUCGAACACGUGUGUCGUUGAUACAGAGUGCACAACGGCUGCAUCUUUUUGAAAACCCCGGCGGCACUAUAUCCAACUCAGUAGCUAAAUGAUAGUAAAUCCAAGAAAGUAACAACGUAACAGCGACUCUUUUCCAUCGGUUUUAUAAACACGCUCCGUUUCCCUGCGAUCAUUGACAUUGCUCGAUCUGCCACAGUGUGUGGUUGCGCAUGUGCAAUGUUAUAACAUACACAGGAAAAUGGUCUACAGUUAUCGUGGAUUUUUGAAGUUUAUGUGCCUGGAUUUCAGUCUGUCUUGUUUCCACGUUCACUGGAUAUAUUCCUUGUCAGUGCAAUGGUUAUAUUAUUUUUGUUCAAAACGCGUUUCUACACGUCUUUUCGUCCAAGGUAACGUAUUCAGGUGUAUGAAAUACCUGAAUGCGGUGAAGCAUGAAUAGUGCUCUCGGCCUUAUAUAGGGGGUGUGUAGCGAUGAGCAGAACAAUAGAAAUCGCCAACUAAUAUGGCGGUAGUCGGAGAUAAAAAGGGAAAUAAUGCGUAUUUAUGAAUUCAUGUCAGCUUCAACAUGUAUCUGAAAACAUGUCCAUGGUCACCUCAGCCUUGUGAGAUAUGUGGCGAACAAAUAAUGUACAAAGACCA